UCUUAUUUGCCGAAUUCUCCACUAAGAAUGCCAUGACAAUGUAACAAGGAAAUAAUUAUUCUUUGAGACACUGUGUAUUAACAACCAUGUAAUACGCGUAACUUUGGUGUUGUCUUCAUACAUAAGUAUAUACAUAUAUAAAUAAGUAUAAACUAGAAGACAUUUGGACAUAUUGUUAAGUGCUUCGCAAGUAAUUAAACAUGUUCGGUAUAAAGUAUUUCGUGUCCAUUGGCGCGCUUUUGGUUCUCGUAUUACCAAAUGAAAACGAAGUGAGUGCUGCACCACACCCGUGUCUAUGGAUGCUGGACCAUGAAUACACUCACCCAGUGCCCACUACUACUACUAGCAAGCCAGAUUUAGUGGAGGAUCUUGCUAAACUGACCAAAAAGAAAACAAAGCAGCUAAAGGACCUCGCCGAUUUUAUUAUAUGGGGGCCAAACGCCGAGGUUCGUAAGCCGCGCUCUAGAAGCCCAAUGGAAAAAGUUAUUUCUAGUUAUGUGAAGUUCUUAACAAAUGUAAUAAAGAUGUUCUAAAUGUU